UUCUGUAUUGAGCUUGUAUUUUUUUCCAAGUUACCCGGGACGUAUUUCUCCUGAUAGGUGAAUGAGCCAAGGAUGAGUGAUGGAUUGACCCUCAUUGUUUCAUUUUUUCAUCUACCUGGGCCUUCAGAGCUACAGUCUUCUGUGGGUAGUCCUGGCAUUUUCAAUUGGUGUAAUUAUCUGGAGAAUAAGAUUUUUUCCUUUUCUGUAUAAUUACCCUAGAUUUUGUACGCAUACAUGAUAGAAUAUUAAUUAUUGGGGAUCCAUUGUUCUUCAGUUCUUUCAGGCAGAGAAAAGUGCUUUGCCAGCAUUGCUUAUGACUCUGCUGAUAAGAGUAUGGUGUACUUGAUCCAUUGCAUUAACCUUGACUCAAGAAAAUUUUGCCCUUUUUUGCAAUUUGAGAUGUCAUUUGGUUGGCCUGCAAAUGGGGAUAUGAAUUCUAAACUAUGGGCAACUAAACUGAAAUGAAUUGAUUUUGAAUCUACACAAAGAGGAGGAGGAAACUAUGAGAGCACUGUUGUCAUCGGGGCAGCAUCAGCACAUUUUCUUGAGAAAUCAAGGGCCAGAGAAUAAGUAAGGCUCAAGAAGCCCUAGAAUGUUCAUACAUUGCUGAGAAAAUCCUGGAUUAAUUAAAACUAUGACUAGUGAGGUACCUGUCCCUUCAGGCAGUAGGAUCCAGCAAGAAUCAUUUUCUGUUGUUACGGGCGACGAAUUCCCUACAGGAAAACGUGCUCAUAAUAUCUCUGUACAGACGGGUGAAGAAUUUUCUUUGGAAUUUUUUCAAGAUCUUGUUGCUCCGAGAAGAGUACCACCUAUCAUGCAUAAUAUGGAUCAAAGCAAUAAGGAAAGAGUGGGGUUUAACUUUAAUCAGAAUUAUCAGCUGAGGUAUGAAGAUCUAACUGGAAUUCUUGGGCUAAGAAGAAUUGAUUCAGGAUGUGAAUCUGAUGCCUCAGAUUACGGUUCGGGAAAAGGGUGUAUUGCAGGGGUUGAAAACAAUGUCUAUUUUGAUAAACUAAGUAGAUACCACAAGGAAGCCAGUGCGAGUGGGCAAAGAUCAGGAAAGUAUAAUGAUGAAAUGGAUUUUGGUCAAGUUUCUCAAGGGCCAAUUGCUCCACCACUUCCCAUUUCUGAGUCUCCACAUGCUCAUCUCCCUAAUGCAUCAGGGACUUUGGGUUGUUUUCAAUCGGGCAGGAUGAAGUUCCUCUGUAGCUUUGGUGGAAAGAUCUUGCCUCGACCAAGUGAUGGGAAGCUUCGAUAUGUGGGUGGAGAAACUCGGAUCAUUACCAUCAGGAAGCAUCUUUCUUGGGAGGAGCUUGUGAAGAAGACGUCAGCAAUAUGCAACCAACCUCAUACAAUCAAGUACCAGCUCCCAGGUGAGGACCUUGAUGCCCUUAUAUCUGUGUUGUCGGAUGAGGAUCUUCUGAAUAUGAUAGAGGAAUACAAUGGGCUUGAAAGAGUUGAGGGUUCUCAACGGCUGCGCAUAUUUCUUAUCUCUUCAAGUGAAUCUGAUAGCCCAUGUUCUUUUGAAGCAAGGGCCUCGCAGCACAGCAAUUCCGAGUACCAGUAUGUUGUUGCUGUGAAUGGCAUAUUGGACCCCAGUCCCCGAAAAAUGUCUAGUGGCCAGAGCUUAGUAGGCCAAUUGGGACAUAAUUUGGAUGGUGCCACAAGCUUUCUCAGAGAUUCUCCUACUUCGCUGCAUCCUUUGGAGAUCAAGGAUGGAAUUGGUUCCCCAAAUAUGGUGGGGAUGUUUUCACAUCCUGCUGCUCAGUUUUUUGUUGUCCCCCAGAACCCAACAAAGUCCCCCAAUCAGUCGCCUCCUUUGUCACCAUUGCCAGUUCAGCAAAGAGACUCUAAGGGUGUUCAGAUGCAAUUGCAUGAUGAUCAGCUGGGUCAUAGUAGUAAUGAAAGCAACAGUCCCUUUGUCACAGACCAACUGCCUGAUAAUUACUGCAUUGAUGCCACUGGCUACUUUCUUCUACCCACUGGACCUGGACCAUUAAUGAAUUACCAUCAUCCUAACAAUUGCAUGGUGGACACAGAGCAAACAAGCAGACCCUGUGGAGUGCAUUUCCACAACCGCAGACCCAGCAGAGAUUUCGCUCGGCCAGUAUUUGUUCGAAAUGCCAGUGACUUGGAUGAGUACUACUGUGAGAGGCCCAUGCUCAAGGAAAGGGCAUUCCACUCUGAAAAAAAUUUCUCACAUCCAGAAGAUCCAAUGGGAAUGGUUUCAGGAUCUAAUGAUUUGGUUGGUUCUCAUCAUGGGAUGCCACAUGCUCGAUCUGAUUCACAACUGCAGGAGAAUGGAGGGAGGUCUAUUUACUGUUUGCAGGAAGGAAUAACUCCAUCACCCCCACUUGACUUUGAAACCACGCAAUCUCCUUCACGGUUGAAGUCGACUGCCAUCCAAGAGAAGUGUGAAUUUACAAAUCCUGAGUUUCAAACGAUGGUACAGGUUACAGACUCUAUUGGCUCCCAAAGGAGAGUGGAUUCUCCAAGUUCUUCUCAUUGUCCAGAAUUCUCUGACAGGAGUCAAAGACCUUACUGGGGUGUCCAUCUUACUCAUGACAAAUACCAAAAGGCUGCAGAAGAUAUGAAUGCCCCCAAUUUCAUGUCACAGGAAGGUGACGAGGAAAAUCCUGGAUUGAGUGAUGAUACAUUGAACUUGAUAAAUGAGAAAGACGCUUGUCUGCAUCAUUGGAACCACAACCAAAGCAACACCAGCAAUAGACCACAUUUUACUGCUGAGGACAACAGAAGAAAAAAGACCAUUGCUGAACACCAUCCAAGUUCUGUGUUUGGUGUUCAUGGUUCCCCACAAGAGUUACAAGUCCCUGGAAGCAACAUGGUUGCAUCAUCUGGUAUUGCUUGGGAACCUUCAAUGGAUAUUAUGGUAGACCUACCCCAAGGCUACCAAUUGGAAAAAAAUGCACCUAAGCUUCUCGUGAAGAGCCCAAGGAUUCCCAAGGAUCAGCUGUGUACCCCUAGUGUGCCAAUAAAUGGUGAACCUGGAAAUGAGGUGAAUGUCUUACCACCAUCUUCUGUUGCAUGGUCCGGGAAUAUUAAAGUUGAAGGCUUAGAAAAUGUUCGCCAUAAAACUACAAAACAACAGUCUAAUGAGAAUUCUUUAACUGAUCUACUUUGUGAUUCGUCCCUACUACAAUUUGAUUCUCAAAGGAAAAUGGGUGACCAAGAAUGUACAGUGACAACCUCUGUAAAUUUAGCUCCAUUUUCUAUUGGAAAAUGUGCUGGUUCGAGCAUAAACUUGCAGACAGAUGAUCCCAGUCUCACUUGGUCUUCAUAUCAGACUGCUGCUACAGAUGCUGCUUUGAAGAGAGAAGUUACUCUCCUUGAUGAGGAACCUUUGAAUUUUCUUGAUGAGAAGGUUGAAAGGGUAGACCAUGGGGUAAACUUAUAUGGACCAUCAAGAACUGAAGAUUCUAUCUUUGUCCACUCAGAAUGCUCAAGUAAUCUUGAUCAGCAAAUUCAGCAGGAAUCUGUUGUUGAUGUUGAAGAUGUGACUGAUAUUAUGCCCCCUGAUGAUCAGAAAAUUCCGCUGGAAUCAGUUGUUGUUGAAGAUGUGACUGAUAGUAUGCCUCCUGACCUUGAGAUCUCGGAAGUCAUCCCUCAUGUACUGGAUACUAACGAGGAUAUCUCAUCACCUAGGAUAACUGAAGCUGAAAGCAUAAGUCCAGAAAAUGAGGAUACUAAAACUGAUGACAGAGAUAUGGAUGGAUCAAUCAGUGAUGCUACAAUAGCUGAAAUAGAAGCUGGCAUCUAUGGUCUGCAGAUCAUAAGAAAUGCUGAUCUUGAAGAAUUACGUGAGUUAGGCUCCGGUACAUUUGGAACAGUUUAUCAUGGGAAGUGGCGGGGAACAGACGUUGCUAUUAAGAGGAUCAAGAAAAGCUGUUUUGCAGGGAGAUCAUCUGAGCAAGAGCGGUUGACUAAAGACUUUUGGAGAGAAGCACAGAUCCUAUCAAAUCUUCACCAUCCAAAUGUUGUAGCAUUUUAUGGGGUGGUCCCAGACGGGGCUGGGGGAACAUUGGCAACUGUAACUGAAUUCAUGGUGAACGGAUCACUUAGGCAUGUCCUACUUCGGAAGGAUAGGGCACUUGAUCGGCGUAAGAGACUUAUAAUUGCAAUGGAUGCAGCUUUCGGCAUGGAAUACUUGCAUUCAAAGAAUAUUGUUCACUUUGAUCUAAAAUGCGACAAUUUGCUGGUCAAUAUGAGAGAUUCUCAGCGACCCAUAUGCAAGGUUGGAGACUUUGGAUUGUCAAGAAUUAAACGUAAUACUCUGGUAUCAGGUGGUGUUAGAGGAACCCUUCCGUGGAUGGCGCCUGAACUAUUGAAUGGUAGCAGCAGUCGAGUUUCUGAGAAGGUUGAUGUUUUCUCAUUUGGCAUUGCAAUGUGGGAAAUCCUGACUGGGGAGGAGCCAUAUGCCAAUAUGCAUUGUGGGGCAAUAAUAGGAGGAAUUGUCAACAACACUCUACGGCCACCAAUUCCAGAACGUUGUGAUCCUGAGUGGAGAAAACUAAUGCAAGAGUGCUGGUCCCCUGAGCCAGCAGAAAGGCCAUCAUUCACAGAGAUAACAGACAGGCUGCGUCACAUGUCGAUGGCACUUCAAACGAAGCCUGCACAGAGAUGAACCCAAACUUUUCCUUGUAAGUAAGAAAAAAUAUAAGUUGACUGAUUCACUCUUGUAUGGCCAAGAUAGCCUCAAUACAACCCCUGCUGUAGAAGAUCUGAUUUUUGGAGAUAGAGAGCAUCAAUAAUAUUUGUAAUAUUCUUUCACUUUUGAUAAUAAAUCAAUUUGUUAUUUUCUCA